CGACUCUAACUUGGAAAGAAUCAGCUCAACACCGAAGCCAAAAUUCUCCUUAGAUCGCGUACUGGCUGCAUCUGAACACGGUAAGUGCCUGAAGCACGCUAUUGUAGCAAUUGAUAACAAAAAUGCCAUUUUCCGUUUGAACUGCGCCAAAGUCAACUUUUUACUGAAUUGAACAGCAUUAAAGUGAAUUAUGAUUCGUUUGCUCAUUUAUGAACAUCAUUGCAUUGAUGGUCUUGGUUUAUGUGCAUUACGCUGGCGCUGAUAUCAACACACUAUAUAUUGAUUUGGCGAACAUCUUUGUUAAUUGUCUAUGGUUGAGACAAGUGCCAUUGCUCCAGAGUGCUCCAGAUGGGUUUCAUAUGGAUCUUUUUGCUUCUGGUUCUGUCGCGUUCCACAAUCCUUUGCAAAGAUGAAUCAAACCAAACAUGCGGAAAUGGUGUGGGCUUUGGACUGGAACUGAUAUUGGCUAAAUUAGAAUCGUUGGAGCUCGAAAUUUUAUCAUUGAAGGAUCAGAAUCGCAACCUUACGGAUUUCAUUUCAAGAGUUUUGACGAAGAAUGAUAAAUCUUAUGAGCAAGUGGCCAACAGCUCAUUCAGAUCGACAAGCGAGGUGGAAAUAGAUGAAACCAACGUGUACUCGUCAUGUUCGAUGGUAUCGAAAGGAAAAUCGGGCAUGUAUUUGAUUCGUGCAACGGAAGAUUCCGAUCCAAUUCGCGCUUACUGUGAAAUGGAGCUAUACGGAGGAGGUUGGACAGUGAUUCAAAAGCGCACAAACGGAUCGGAAAACUUCUACCGAAAUUGGACCGAGUACAAAGCCGGAUUUGGCAGCCUAGACGGCGAGUUUUGGUUCGGUUUACAUUGGAUUAAUUUGCUGACAAGCGCUAAAACUCACGAGAUUAUGUUCCAUUUGAUGGAUUUCAAUCGAAAGAUCAAACAUGCUCGGUAUAAUCCGUUUAGGAUUGGAAACGAGAGCACAAGUUACAAAAUCGAAGCACUGGGUGUUUACACAGGAACGGCUGGCGAUAGCUUCAAGCAACAUUUAGGAAAGAAAUUCAGCACAUUUGACGUUGAUAAUGAUUCAUUCGGGAAAAAUUGCGCCAUGGAGUAUUACGGCGCAUGGUGGUAUCACGCUUGUUAUAAUAGUAAUCUUAACGGAAAGUAUACAAACACACGCGUUUCUCAGGCCAUGUGUUGGAACACGUUCAAUCAACCCAACGAAGGUCUGAUGUCGUCAACGAUCAUGAUCCGUCCGGUUUAGUCUGCGAACCGCCAGCCACUGGAGUCGCGCUGUGUGUUGCCUUGAAGUUCAUAUAAGGUGUCUUGAACUCCCGAAUGAUUCGCCAUUACUUCAAAUCGACUCCUGACACCGCAUACUGAGUACGAAGUAGAAAUAAAGAUUACUGUC